AUGUCACAAUUAGAUGCAAUAUACAUCUUUUGCAAGAACAAAUCCAGACAUCAAGAGUGGGCUCAAAACUGGACAAAAAUCAAAGGUAUCUAUACAACAAAUAAAGAAAUCUGUCAAGCAUUGCAAUUGGCUGUUAAACAAUGCGAUCAAGACUCAAUUGUCAUAAGUUUUCUUAUGAUAAAUGAAAUAACUUCAACUGAUAAUUUAAAUCAAUUGGAGUCAACUUUUAUGUAUACCCAACUAUUCAAGGAAAUUCUCCUUGAUACCGAAUAUGAUCACAAGGCAAUGAAGAACUUAGCAGCUUGUUGUCGCGAGGUUUUUACUAACAAUCCAAUUGAACUACAAAUUAUUAAUGAAUUCGAACAUGAUUAUCUUCCAGAACGAGCAAUAUGGUGGUAUACACGUGAGUGUUUUACCUACAAAAUGCUCAAUCAAGCACUUCGGAUUCUGGAUGCCGAUAUAAUCAUUAAUAUGGGCUUUUUUCUAUGUGAUAUACAUAAACAAAUUCAACAGCUGCACAAACAACAGGUCAGCACUUAUAGGGAAAAGUCGUUUGUAGUUUAUCGAGGACAAGGUCUUAAGAAAUCAGACUUCGAAAAACUUCAGAAAACAAAAGGAGGACUUAUCUCAUUUAACAAUUUCUUGUCGACGAGUAAGGAUAAAGAAGUGUCCCUCGACUUUGCUGAACGUGCUUCAUCAAAACCGAAUAUGGUUGGCAUUCUCUUUAUAAUGUCCAUUGAUCCUUGUAUCGAAUCAACACCAUUUGCCUCCAUUAAAGAGGAGAGUUAUUUUAAGAACGAAGAAGAAAUUCUCUUCUCAAUGCACACCAUCUUUCGAGUGAAUGCAAUUAAACAAAUGAACAAGAAGAAUCAACUGUAUCAAGUUGAAUUACAAUUAACAUCGGAUGAUGAUCAACAAUUACGAUCACUUACUGAUUGGAUACGAAAAGAAGCUGAUGGCCCUGGAUGGCAAAGAAUGGGCAAAUUAUUGCUUAAAAUUGGUCAAUUUAAUAAAGCUGAAGACCUUUAUAACGUACUACUCGAACAGACAUCUGACGAGGGUGGAAAAGUGCUUUAUUACAAUCAACUGGGAUAUGUCAAAGAUUAUCAGGGUGAUUAUGAAAAGGCUAUUUGGUAUUAUGAACAAGCACUUAAAAUUCAAGAAAAAUCUUUUCCUUUAAAUUAUUCUCAUUUGGCUACUUCAUACAACAACAUUGGUGCGGUGUAUAAAAACAUAAAAGAGUAUUCAAAAGCACUCUCAUUUUACGAAAAAGCACUUGAAAUUGAUCAAAAAACUCCUACCAAUCAUCCUUAUUUGGCUACUUCAUAUAACAACAUCGCCUUGGUGUAUGACAUCAUGGGAAACUACCCGAAAGCACUGUUGUUUUACGAAAAAACAUUCGAACUUCUUCAAAAAACUCUUCCUUCGAACCAUCCUGAUUUCGCGCAGUCAUACAACAACAUCGGUAAUGUAUAUAUGAACAUGAAAGAGUACUCGAAAGCGCUUUCAUUUUAUGAAAAAGCACUUGAAAUUAGACAAAAAACUCUUCCUUCAAAUCAUCCUUCUUUGGCUACGUCAUACAACAACAUUGGUGCGAUGUAUAAGAACAUGGGAGAGUACGAAAAAGCACUUUUAUCUCACGAAAAAGCAUUGGAAAUUCGACAAAAAACUCUUCCUUCAAAUCAUCCAGAUAUUGCACAGUCAUACAAUAAUAUCGGUUCGGUAUAUAAAAAUAUGAAAGAAUACACGAAAGCACUUUCAUUUUAUGAAAAAGCACUUGAAAUUCAAGAAAAAUCUCUUCCGUCAAAUCAUCCUCAUUUGGUUACUUCAUACAAUAACAUUGCUUUGGUAUAUGAAGACAUGGGAGAAUACCCGAAAACACUUUUUUAUUAUAAAAAAGCAAUUGAAAUUCAAGAAAAAACUCUUCCUUCAAAUCAUCCUUCAUUAGCUACUUCGUACAAUAACAUGGGUUUUGCCUAUGAAAAUAUGAAAGACUAUUCGAAAGCACUAGCAUAUUUUGAACGUGCUCUAGACAUAUGGCAACGUACAUUAUCUCCAACUCAUCCUCAUAUAAAAACUGUGAAAGAGAGUAUUGAAAUUAAUACACAUCAUUUUUUUUCAAUGGAACUUAUCGAUCUUUCUUCUGAAACUACUGUCCGAAGGCGAUAUGUUGACGAUUGUAUAAUUGUUUAUCUUGAUGUUACUCUUAAUCAAGUUAAUUUAACACAACUUUCUCAAUUUGGUUUUUCGUUUGAAUCAUUUACUGAUCAAAAAGAAUGUAUUAAUUUCAUUACUAAUGUACAAGAUACAAUAAUUAUUUGUAUUAUAGCUGAUCAAUUAAUUGAAGAAAAUAUUCUUAUUUUAAAUAACUUACCAUUAGUUACAUCUAUCUAUGUUAUCGGUAUAAACGAAGAAAAUUACAAAUCUUGUUUAGUAGAAAAAUAUUCAAAGAUAAAAGGUGCAUCGGACACUUUAUCGUCGAUAGUAGAAACGUUAACAAAGGAUCUUCAAAUUAUUAAUCAAAAUUCCGCUCCGAUUACAAUCCUUGCAUCAGUUUCAUCAAGAGAAGAAACAAAUAAUCUCAAUGCUAUGUAUAUGUAUUGUGAACUUUUGAAAGAAACUUUUCUAGAAAUGAAUUAUGGUGAACAAGCUAAACGUACACUUGUUGACUAUUGUAAAAUUCAAUAUGCAAACAAUCAAAGUGCUUUGCGUAUGAUGGAUGAAUUUGAUCGUGAUUAUACAAAACAUUCGCCUACUUGGUGGUAUACGCGUGAUUGUUUUAUCUAUUGUAUGCUUAAUAAAGCUCUUCGAACACAUGAUAUCGAAGUUAUUAGUAAAUUUGGAUUUUUUAUAAAAGAUUUACAUAAUCAAUUGAAAGAUCUUCAACAAAACAUAUUAUUAAGUCAGUUUACUGUUUAUCGAGGACAAAGUAUGUCAAUGGAAGAAUUUGAAAAACUUAAGCAAAAUUUAGGUGGUCUUAUAUCUUUCAACAAUUUUCUCUCAACAAGUGCCGAUCAACAUGUAUCACUUCUUUUUGCUCUCUCUUGUCUUGAUGCUUCUAAUAUGAAAGCAAUUUUCUUUGUCAUAAAUGUAGAUCUUACUCUCAGUUCCAAUCCAGUUGGUUAUCUCGAUGAAAAUUCCAGUUUUUUCUGUGUUGAACAAGAAUAUUUAUGGGAUAUGAAUACUGUUUUUCGAAUACAUGGGUGUGGGUGUGCAUGUAGCUGUGUGUGA